GGCUUGCAAUUCAUUGUGCUUCCUCCACAUGUGAAUAACCCAGCUAACACCAUGUUUAAAGACCACCCGUCUAUAUAAGCCCUAUACCCAAAAACUGAUCAUCUCACACUUAGCUCAAGCAAAAGCAUUUGCAACAACCCCAUUCCAUUUUGCUUCCAUCUACAGCCUCCAACUGCAACGAUACUAUGGGAAGCCUUCCAAAAGAUUGCGAGCACCUGCUCAAAAACAUGGUUGGUGAUGAGAUUGCGAUGAACCCUCUCGAUCUCGGAGAGUUCAGGCGUCAGGAACAGAUGGUCGUCGACUUCCUAGUCAACUACUACAAGAAUGUUGAGAAAUACCCGGUUCUUAGCCAAGUCGAGCCUGGGUAUCUUUCCAAAUGCCUCCCAAGUUCUGCACCAGAGGAUGAAGAACCCCUGGAGGCUAUACUUGACGAUGUGCAUCGGUACAUAGUCCCGGGCUUGACUCAUUGGCAGAGCCCCACUUUCUUCGCCUACUUCCAGACCAACACUAGCACUGCAGCAAUCCUCGGCGAGAUGCUUUGUGCGGGCUUCAGCGUGGCGGGAUUCAACUGGGUCUCAUCCCCCGCCGCGACUGAGCUUGAGAGCCUGGUCAUGGACUGGCUCGGUAAGAUGCUGGACUUGCCAAGGCCAUUCCUCUUCUCUGGGAAUGGCGGGGGAGUCAUUGAAGGGAAUACCACCGAGGCCAUGAUUUGCACUCUCAUUGCUGCAAGAGAAAGGGUCCUGAGGAGGUCGGGACACGAUUCCAUCACGAAGCUUGUUGUCUACGGGUCAGAUCAAACACAUUGCUCAUUCCAGAAAGCUGCCCGGGUCGUGGGAAUAGACCCGCGGAACAUCCGGGCCUUAAAGACGACGCAGUCAACCUUGUUUGGUUUAUCCCCGGACUUGCUAAGGAAGGCAAUCCGUUUGGAUAUCGAUGGGGGGCUAAUUCCAUUGUACCUGUGCACCACGGUCGGGACAACUUCGGUCACAGCUGUCGACCCACUGGAACCUCUAUGCAAAGUAGCGAGCGAGUUCGGCAUGUGGGUUCAUGUCGAUGCUGCGUACGCAGGGUCUUCAUGUAUAUGCCCAGAGUACAGGAAAUUCCUCAAUGGGGUCGAAUUUGCAGAUUCAUUCUGCUUCAAUGCACACAAGUGGCUUUUGACCUCUCUCGAUUGCUGCUGCCUCUGGGUAAAAGAUCCAAAUGCCCUUGUCAAGUCCUUGUCAACAGACCCCGAGUACCUCAAGAACGAGGCAACCGAGUCAAAACAAGUUGUUGACUACAAAGAUUGGCAACUUUCACUCAGCAGGAGGUUCAGGGCAUUGAAGCUGUGGCUUGUGCUCAGGAUCUAUGGCGUGCGCAAUCUAAGGAGUCACAUAAGGAACGACUGCAGAUUGGCUAAGCUCUUCGAGGAGCUCGUGGUGAAAGAUGGCCGAUUCGAAGUCGUUUUCCCGAGAAACUUUGCAUUGGUUUGUUUCAGGAUUCGUCCUUCGGCAGUCACUGGCAUGGCUAAUGGCCAGGCAAUGGAAGACGAAAAUCGUGAAGCAUGGAAGUUGAACGAGGUGAACAAACUCAAUGCACGGUUGCUUCACGCUAUUAAUGCUUCAGGUCGGAUCUUUAUAACUCAUACGGAGGUCGGAGGAAUUUAUGUAUUGCGGUUCGCCGUAGGGGCAAUUCUGGUGAGAGAGAGGCACGUGAUCAUGGCAUGGACCGUGGUACAAGAACAUGCGAAUUCUCUCUUAAGCAUGUCGGGGAGCAACACUCAUGCUUGACGAACAGCAACGUCCGCAAUAAGCUGCAUAAUCCUUUACCAAUGUUCGCAUGUCGGGGUUAUUUGAAGUACUGCAACGUCCUAAUUUCAAUUGGCCCUUUAGAAAAGUGGCCCUUCCAAGAUGUUAUUGCCGUGUCGGCAACUAAUUAAAUAAAUUGCUUUGCAUUGUUGUCCACGAUGAAAUGUCCAAGAAAUUGUAAGCUGGUUAAGAUGAGUUUUAAGAGCGCUUAUUGUUGGCAAA